GAAAUAUCAUAUUCAGGUAAAAUUUAUGUUAAUUAACUUAAAUGAAACUUUAGUGCAAACUUACCAAACAUCACCUUAGUUUCAUAGUAUCUCAAACUAGUUUUUAACCAAUCUGAUCCAGUAAGUUAACAUGCAAGCUUUUGAUGAAUUGGAAAUUGGCAAAAAUAAAUAUGCUCCCCUUAUCACAGUAGGGAAUUAAGCUUAGUCAAUAAUUCUUUUUAAAAAGAAUCUGAGAUUUAUUAUUGUCACAGUCUUUACACAGAUGUGCAGUGAUGAUCACCAGGGAGGUUAAAAUAGGUGGAGGCAGCAUUAAUCCCUGCAUGGAAUGAAGGCUGUGUGGUGUGUGCCAGACAUACUGGCUGGCAGUUGGGGAGACGGUGGGUGAGUGGUCAACGUGCAGACAUGGAAAGCACGAGGACCCAGGUUUGAGGCCCACCACAAGAUGGUGACGAUUUUCAACCGUCGUUGAGUGGCAGAUUACCCACAUGUGAAAAUCAAGAUCUUCAAUCAACCCUUACUUCAAGAGAAGCAUGUGGGGGGUGGGGGGCAGCAUGGGCCAAGCAAGUGUCGUAUAUACCACACAUUCAAAAUUAUUCUUUUUUUUCUCACAACAAAGGAGACAGUUCAAGGGCAAAAUAAAAAGGGAAAAAAAGCCCACUACUCACUGCUCCUGAAAAGAGGUCAGAGGAGUGGCCGAAAGAUAGGUCAAUUUCGAGAGGAGAGGUGUCCCGAUAGCCUCCUCUUGAAAGAGUUCAAGUCGUAGACAGCAGGAAAUACAGAUGGAGGAAGACUGUUCCAGAGUUUACCAGUGUGAGGGAUGAAAGAGUGAAAAUGCUGGUUAACUCAUGCAUAAGAGAUUUGGACAGUAAAGGGAUGAGCUUGAGUAGAAAGUCGUAUGUGGUGAGGCCGUGGGAGGGCAGGAGGUAUGCAGUUAGCAAGUUCAGAAGAGCAGUCACCAGAUCACAACCCUUGGUAAAGAUCUUGUUUUGUGGUAGGCAGGGUGCCAGUGCCAGCAAAGGUGCAGGCACAUGGCUUUCUCUUCCCAGCAGUGUUCAGUGCUAGUCGUCUCCUUCCCAUGCGAGUUGCAGUCAUUCAGCUCCAUUUGUACUGUCCAUAUUUAGGGCUAAAGUGAAACAUAUUGAUCAAACGUGGUGUUCCUAUGAUAAUUGCACCAUAGGCAGCAAGGCCUGGGGGGCUGGAGCAUCCAGAGGACAUCUGAACUCCAUGUGGGGCAAGCAGGAUCUACCUCCAAUCAACACAGCCCUGGAAGUGAACCAAUGAUGGAAAUCUGGGCAUUUUCUUAGAUUUUCACACACUUUAUGAAUACUUUUUAUGCUAUUCUUUUUUUUUUCAACUUUAUGCUUCUUCAAAGAAAAGAUUGUAGUUUUUGUUAAAAUAAUAAAAUUAAGAUCUGUUCAAUGCUUAUAUUUUAUUCAAUUUUCUACAGUGUGUACAAGAUCUUUACCAUGGGUGGUGGUAAGGUACUACUUCUCAGUGGCAUUCCAGGGUUGCCAAUAAACUAUUAGUUAUAAUCAUUAAUUAAACAUAAACCAAUCCCCCUGAAAACAGACACUAAGGAACAUCAUUUUAAGCUUGUCAACUUCCAUAUCUCAUCUCAAACCCAACAUAAGAUUUUUCAACAUUAGGGUGUAAAUGGCUGGAAUUACGUUCCUUCAAGUUAUAUAACUGAUGUGACGCUUCCCAUUAUGGUAUCCAGUUGAACCAUCAAGCAGUACCACUUGAGGCACCAGGCAAAAAGAAGUCUGAUAAUUUUGGUGCUCAAACUUCAAAACAAACUUUUAAUAGCUUAAAGCUUUUUUCUUCAUCUUAUUCAAGAUAGAUGUAAAAGGAAAAGUAAGUAAAGUAACUGACACCUGAAAAUGUAUACAUUUGAAUUUUUGUUACUAAUCGCCUUCUUCACUGAUCACCUUUAGCUGAUCUGGGAACAUUGAUGCUUUUCUGGUAAUCUUGAGACUUAAGUUUACAACAUUUCACAAAACUAUGAACCACUAAUCUUUACUAGCUUUAAAUUAAUUUCCUUCUCCCCAUUUAUCUAUCUAGCUAUAUCUCAGAUGCCCAGCCCCAUCAUGGGAACUUCCCUCCAGGGGGUGGCCAUGGCAGAAGUGUCUCCAUCUCUCCCUGUUCUGGCACUCUUUCUCAGCACACUCAAUCCUGCUACUUCCAAUACUCGAUUACCCUAUUGAUCCAAUUCACAUGUGGUCAUCCCCUGACACCCCCACCUUCAAUCCUUCCCUCAUACACUCUUCAUAAAUUUAUUCUUCCCCAUUCUCAUCACUUGUCAAAACCAUCUCAGCGCACCACACUUCACCCACUCCACCACUCCACAAUCCACUCCUUUCACUAUCACACCCAUACCAUACCUCUCAUACACACUUUCAUUACUUUCUCCAUCCCAUCCUGAAACACCAAAUGCACCUCUUAUAUAAUUAAUUUUCACAAAAUGUAUUCUCAAUUGCUGUGCUGCAUGCACUCCAUGUCCAAGUCUCUGAUGCAUGCGACAGAGUUGACAGAAUAAUACUGUUCCUUGUUCCCCUCUUUACAUCCAUGUUCACACUUCUUCCUUUCAUAACUCUCAACAAUUCACCUACUACCUGUCUGCCCUUCGCUGCUCUUUCCCUCACCUCACCUUCCAUACUUCCAUGCUUACAUAAAACUGUCCCUAAAAAUUUAAACUGUCACCUCCUCUAUUCUCUCCUCCCCCAGCCUUAUCCUACACUUUGUUGUGCUCUUUGCUCUUACUCUGCUUCCAUACUUCCCUUAUCUCCUCAUUCCCUUUCACAAGCACACCAUCUCUCCUCGUCAUGCUACAAAUGUCACUCUUUCCUCUCCCAUUUCUCUUUAAACUUCCUUCCAUGAAAAGUUUUUUCAUUAUGGUAUUUUGCUGAUAUUUUCCUACCAAAAUCCUCAUCCACUCUUUCUUUGCUUUCCCUAGCCAACUUCUUUAUCAACAUCUUACUCUCCCUGUACUUUCUUUCCCAUCUCUCUCUUGCCUCAUCCAUCACAUUUCUCUUAGCAUUUUCUUGUACAGUACCCUCCUGAAUUUCACACUUAGCCCCAAAUUCUCACCAUCCCAACUUUUGCGCAUUAUUACCUCAAGUUUCGCGCUGCUUUGACAUGUACAGGUCACAUCUACCUACCGUCGGUGUCACGCGUGCUGCCUUAAAAAAGUGGUGUCACACUGGCCGUUUUCCUCCAACCAUUGGGGCUACAGGCAUGCUCAACCGGGAGCAAGUUGUCGGUUAUCCAUACGGAUGGAAAAUGGUUAUGGGUACACGCAACCGCACAGUUAUAUGUAAACAAACAGACGACGGCAGUGGUUGAGGAGUGAGGAGAAGUGGAAGAUGGCCCAUCAAGAGACUCGUAAAGUGGGCUGGCAGAGCUGCUUUGUUUACUAUUUACCAUAUUUUGCGGCGUAUAACGCGCUCCAGCGUAUAACGCGCACCCUAAACUUUAAGACAACAAUUUUGGAAAAAAAUAUUCGGUGCUUAAAAUGCUCAGAAAUAUUUACGUUUAACGGUGCUAAGCUUUUCCCUGGUGCUCUCCUACAUACUUCCUUUCUUUCUUCUCCCUCUCCGUCCCUAUAUUUUUUGCCUCAUUUCUCUCUUCUUUUCCUUUCCCCUCCCUCCCAGUUUUUCUCUUAAUCCCUUUUCCUCUCACUCACACCUUUUCUCUCUCCCUUUUUCUUCACCUUUACCUGACCCUCCCUCUCUCACUCUUCUUUUCCCGCCCCAUUUUCUCCACUCAUUUCCCAUUUCCUCCUUUCUCACUCCCCCUUAUUUAUAGCCUUAUCUCUCACUCUAUCAUUCUCUCCCUCCCUGCGUCCUUCCCCAUUAGAUUAUAUGAAAACACACACACAUUGGAUUGGAGAAGGUGCAUACAAUAUAUGGAGGAGAGACAGAAAGAGUAAACAGGGAGGAGGUGUGAUGUUGAUGGUAAGGAAAGGCAUUAGGGUGGAAAAGGUGAUUGAGGGUGAAAGCUUGGCAGAGGUACUGAAAGUGAAAAUUGUGGGUGCUGAAGGAAGAAGGAGGCAGUAUGUAGCAGGGUAUGUGCCACCAAGAACCAAUGCAUGGAAGGUCCGAGAAUAUGAACAAAUGAUACAAGACACGGUGAGUUGCCUGGAUGGAAUGUUGAGAGAGUGUGAGAGAAUAAUUAUAAUGGGUGCUUUUAAUUGCAAGGAGGUAAAAUGGGAGGACUGGCAGACGCAGGGAAGAGAAGAGUCGUGGGGAGGAAGACUCCUGCAACUGGCAAUGGAACAUGUACUGACUCAAUGGAUUAAGGAACAUACUAGAUUUGGGAAAGAAGGCGAGGCAUCAAGAAUAGACCUGGUAUUUAGCAAGGAGCUGGAAGUAAUAGAAAAUCUUAAAGUAGACUGCCAAAUAGCAAAGAGCGACCAUACGGUUGUGGAAUUUGAAGUAAAAGAAAAGAGAACAAUUGACCGAAAAGAGGAUCACAAAAUUGGGAGAAGUAACUUCUGUAAGGCAGACUUUGUUAGCAUGAGAACUUUUUUUGAAAAUGCAAAUUGGAGUGGGCUGUACAAAGCCAAGAGUACACAAGAUAAGUGGGAAGAGUUUUCAAAACUAUACAAGGAAGCCGAAAAUAGAUAUGUCCCAAAGGUAACCAAAAAGGAUGUUGGCAAAAAGGAGUGGUUUAACAAAAGAUAUGAGGCAGCUAGAAAGAGAAAGGAGGAAGCUUGGAAGGGAUGGAGGAGACGAAGAAAAAUCAACUCGUGGAACGAUUUCAAACAAGCAAGGAAUGAACAUACAAAGAUUAGAAGAGAAGAAAAACGGAUAUAUGAAAAAGAUAUAAUCGACAAGUGCAAAGACCAACCCAAACUAUUCUACAGACGUGUGAACGGCAAAAUAAAGAAUAAAGAAACAAUCGAUAAACUGAAAAUGGAUGGAGCUACAUAUGAGGACCCAGCAGAGAUGGCAGAAGUGAUGAACAACAGCUUCCAUAGAGUUUUCACAAAAGAAGACAAAUUCGUAUAACCACUGGGCCAGGAAAGAGGAAGGCUUAUGCAGGAGAUACAGUUAACGAUGCAGGAGGUCAAGCAAAGCUUGAACAAGCUGGAUGUAAGAAAGGUAAUGGGGCCGGAUGGAGUAUCAGGGUGGAUCUUGAAAGAAUGUAGUGAGCAACUUGCAGAGAAACUGCACUCCUUAAUGAGCGCCUCCCUGAGUGAAGGAAGGGUACCACAAGAUUGGAAGAGAGCAAACAUAGUACCAAUUUUUAAGGGAGGAAAGAGAGAGGACCCAUUAAAUUACAGACCGGUAUCACUCACUAGUGUGGUUGCGAAGAUAUGCGAGAGGCUGAUUAAAAACAGGAGCUCGGAUUUCUUAGAAAGUGAGAAAAUUCAUGAUUUUAAGGAAAAGUCGGACAAGAGUGUGUGUAGUGCAGCGACUUGCCUGAUGGGCGAGCCUCCCAUAACUCAC